UUGCUGUCUUUCCUCUUGCUUUUCUUCAUAUUUUUUGCUGUCUUUCUUUGCAUUUCCUCAUAUUUUUGCUGUCUUUCUUUGCUUUUCUUCAUAUUUUUUUGCUGUCUUUCCUCUUGCAUUUCUUCAUAUUUUUGCUGUCUUUCCUCUUGCUUUUCUUCAUAUUUUUUGCUGUCUUUCCUCUUGCUUUUCUUCAUAUUUUUUGCUGUCUUUCCUCUUGCUUUUCUUCAUAUUUUGCUGUCUUUCCUCUUGCUUUUCUUGAUAUUUUUGCUGUCUUUCCUCUUGCUUUUCUUCAUAUUUUUGCUGUCUUUCCUCUUGCAUUUCUUCAUAUUUUUGCUGUCUUUCCUUUGCCUUUCUUGCUUUUUCCUCUUGCUUUUUUUAUUUUUGCUGUCUUUCCUCUUGCAUUUCUUCAUAUUUUUGCUGUCUUUCCUCUUGCUUUUCUUCAUAUUUUUGCUGUCUUUCCUCUUGCUUUUCUUCAUAUUUUUGCUGUCUUUCCUCUUGCUUUUCUUGAUAUUUUUGCUGUCUUUCCUCUUGCUUUUCUUCAUAUUUUUGCUGUCUUUCCUCUUGCAUUUCUUCAUAUUUUUGCUGUCUUUCCUCUUGCUUUUCUUCAUAUUUUUUGUCUUUCCUCUUGCUUUUCUUCAUAUUUUUUGCUGUCUUUCCUCUUGCAUUUCUUCAUAUUUUGCUGUCUUUCCUCUUGCUUUUCUUCAUAUUUUUGCUGUCUUUCCUCUUGCUUUUCUUGAUAUUUUUGCUGUCUUUCCUCUUGCUUUUCUUCAUAUUUUUGCUGUCUUUCCUCUUGCUUUUCUUGAUAUUUUUGCUGUCUUUCCUCUUGCUUUUCUUCAUAUUUUUGCUGUCUUUCCUCUUGCUUUUCUUCAUAUUUUGCUGUCUUUCCUCUUGCAUUUCUUCAUAUUUUUUGCUGUCUUUUCCUCUUGCUUUUCUUCAUAUUUUUGCUGUCUUUCCUCUUGCAUUUCUUCAUAUUUUUGCUGUCUUUCUUUCUUUUCUUCAUAUUUUUGCUGUCUUUCAUUUCUUUUCUUCAUAUUUUUUUGCUGUCUUUCCUCUUGCUUUUCUUCAUAUUUUUUGCUGUCUUUCCUCUUGCUUUUCUUGAUAUUUUUGCUGUCUUUCCUCUUGCUUUUCUUCAUAUUUUUGCUGUCUUUCCUCUUGCAUUUCUUCAUAUUUUUGCUGUCUUUCCUCUUGCAUUUCUUCAUAUUUUUGCUGUCUUUCCUCUUGCAUUUCUUCAUAUUUUUGCUGUCUUUCCUCUUGCUUUUCUUGAUAUUUUUGCUGUCUUUCCUCUUGCUUUUCUUCAUAUUUUUGCUGUCUUUCCUCUUGCAUUUCUUCAUAUUUUUGCUGUCUUUCCUCUUGCUUUUCUUCAUAUUUUUGCUGUCUUUCCUCUUGCUUUUCUUCAUAUUUUUGCUGUCUUUCCUCUUGCAUUUCUUCAUAUUUUUGCUGUCUUUCCUCUUGCUUUUCUUCAUUUUUGCUGUCUUUCCUCUUGCUUUUCUUCAUAUUUUUUGCUGUCUUUCCUCUUGCUUUUCUUGA